GGUUGUUUCAGCAAAAGGACACGGCAAAACCCAUUUUUCGAUGAAUUGAUACCCCUUUUUUAGACAAGCCAUGAGUCUCCCGUCGUUUCUAUAAUAAUACCCUCAGAAGUCGCCGAAUAUCGCCUUACUCUCGAGCAUCGAAAGAAGCGCGCCUCCCUUAUCGACCAUUACGAUCACGAUCUCCGCAACAACGCAGAGUUGAAAAAUGGCAGAGCCCCCCGCGAAAAGAGCAAGACGAGUCGAUAGCUCGACAAUGUGGGACUUAGACGAACGAAAAACGCGUUCUCCUGAGCCGGACUCGGAUAUUGGCAGAAGCCCUCGGCGUGACGCACAUCAAAAGGACGAUCGGCGGCGUGAGGGGCCUCGUGACGACAGAAGAUAUCGUUCACGCUCAAGAGAUCGGGUUGAAAGGCGCAGAGAAAGGAGCAGGUCUCGAGAUCGGCGUGACCGGGACCGUGACCGUGACCGCGAUCGCGAUAGGACAGAUCGGGAUAGAGAUGGUCGGGGAGCAAGGGACAGUGAUAUAAGCGCGACCAGAGAAAGACAUUACGAUAGGCGAGGAUAUCGAGACAGAUACCGCGACCGCUCCCGCUCACCUACUCGGAAUGGGAAUAGGGACAAGGCUAGGACUCCACCACCUCGAGGGCCUAAGGGAGAUCGCAGAGACGAGCGCGAAGAUAAUCGUCCGUAUGGCAAUGGUGUCCCACAUUCACCGUCACGACGAGACAAGGACGAGAUGGAGUUGGAUCCCGCAGUACCGAUCGAAGAAGAUGAGAUGGAGGCGCUGAUGCGCAAGACCGUGGGUUUCACAAGGUUCAGGAGCACGAAGAAUACUAAAGUGCCUGGAAACGACGUCUACGGUGUGCGGAAAGAGAAGAAGACUGUGUACAGACAGUACAUGAACCGUGUAGGCGGAUUCAACAGACCCCUCAGUCCUUGAUGCAAAGCGACACUGCAACUUCCUGAUGCGCAACUUCCUGAUGCAAAAAUCGCCAAGAACUUUCUAUUUCCGUCGACUUCUUCUCCUCAUCUUCUUCAUCCGGACAGUUUCUUCAGUUCUAUUUGUCAUCCGUUGUGCGCAUUUACCGGAGUAAGUUCUGUUAUGGCAAGCUCUUUUGUAUGUCUUAAGUCUGGGCGGGAUAUCUGGAGUGUUCAUAUUCAUUCAAACCAGACAAGAGCUAGCAGCUAGGUCAUGCUUACCAAACCCUCAGUACAAUACCAAUAGCUUUCUGGCGAUGAGAGCAAAAUAAUUAUUCUUCUUCCUGUCGG